AUGUAUGUAGAUGUUGAAGAGGCCGUGAAAAAACGUGCACAAUCGACCGCUGGGAAACUUGAAUGCGUGAAUGAGCUUCAGGCAUGGGCAGAUGCUUUCCGUGGGCACCCUGACUUACAAGGAGUGGUGCAGGUUUACGAAGAGCUCGUAUCGAAAGGUGUCACGUUUCCAGCGACAGAUCUGGAUGCAAUGGCUCCCAUUAUCACUCCAAAACAGACGGUGUUCACGGAGCCGAGGACAUCUCCAACCCCACCUCAGCCCUCACACUCUGAAGCAGCUAGAAGUUACGAAGUGGUGAGUCAUGCCGACGGCCCUAUAACUGCCACCGCUGAGCAGUUGGCAAAACUACGGUCUGACUUGGAUGUGGUGAAUUCGAAUUUAAAGGUCUUCCGCGAAAUGCUCACGGAGAUCAUUCCCGGUCGUGAGACAGCCGACGAGUUGCAACUAUUGAAUGAGUUGCAUGCAACUUGUAAGCAAAUGCAACUACGUGUGCUAGAUUUAAUUCGUAGUGUUGGAAAUGAAGAAGUGACAUACGAGCUUCUUGUCAUGAAUGACGAAUUCAAUAGCGUAUUCGAAAAGUACGAUCGAUUUAUGACGAAUCGAACCGGCGAAGCAACAGGAGACACCGCUGCUGCACCAGGCCAACAAGAAGUCGCAGAUCUGAUUGACGUAGGACAAUCUGCUAAACCACUGGAGAGUCAGCUAGCUGGAAUGAAGUUACACGAAGUGGUGAGUCAUGCCGACGGCCCUAUAACUGCCACCGCUGAGCAGUUGGCAAAACUACGGUCUGACUUGGAUGUGGUGAAUUCGAAUUUAAAGACAGAGCUUCUUGUCAUGAAUGACGAAUUCAAUAGCGUAUUCGAAAAGUACGAUCGAUUUAUGACGAAUCGAACCGGCGAAGCAACAGGAGACACCGCUGCUGCACCAGGCCAACAAGAAGUCGCAGAUCUGAUUGACGUAGGACAAUCUGCUAAACCACUGGAGAGUCAGCUAGCUGGAAUGAGUUAG